AUGGAAGAGAAUUUGGCAGAUGACGAUAUCGAAAUCGAAUUAGCACCUAUAGCUGUCCAGUUGGCAUAUGUUCAGCAGCUCCUUGGACGCACACAAGAAGCCAUUGAAUCCUUCACAGGCAUUAUCAAGCGAAAUCUGGUGGAUGAACCCUCCAUUGCUGUGGCAAUAAAUAAUCUUAUCGCAUUGAAAGGUCCCAAAGAUGUCUCUGAUAGCCUAAGGAAACUUGAUCGGAUAAUGGAGAAAAGCAAUGGACCACAGAGCUUCCAGUUUGCUCGUGGACUGGACUUGAAGCUUUCACCAAAACAAAGGGAAGCGAUUUACAUCAAUCGGGUGCUGCUGUUACUUCACUCUAAUAAAAUGGAUCAGGCUCGAGAACUUGUUACUGUGUUGCCAGGCAUGUUUCCUGACAAUGUGAUGCCAGGGCUGCUUCAAGCUGCCGUCUUUGUGAGAGAGAACAAGGUUGGAAAAGCUGAAGAAAUACUGGGGCAGUUUGCAGAAAAGUUCCCUGACAAGUCCAAGGUGGUUCUCCUUGCAAGGGCACAGGUUGCUGCUGGUGGUGGUCAUCUUCAAAUUGCUGCCGAGUCUCUUGCAAAGAUACCUGAUAUUCAACACAUGCCUGCCACAGUUGCCACUCUUGUCUCUCUUAAAGAGCGGGCUGGAGACAUUAAUGGUGCCGAUGCCAUCUUUGAUUCUGCAAUCAAGUGGUGGUCGAAUGCCAUGACUGAAGACAAUAAGCUGAAUGUCAUCAUGCAAGAGGCUGCUUCUUUUAAACUCAAGCAUGGGCGGAAGGAGGAGGCUUCCAGACUCUAUGAGCAGCUUGUUAAAAGCCACGGAAGUAUUGAGGCUUUGGUAGGGCUAAUCCGGACAGCUGCUCUUACAGAUGUUGAGAAAGCGGAACUUUAUGCGAAACAACUUAAACCGUUGCCUGGUUUGAAGGCAGUUGAUGUCGACAAUUUGGAGAAAACUUCUGGCGCAAAGCAUGUUGAAAAUGGGCCUCAACUGGGCAUCACUGAACCAUAUGAAACCAAGAGCAAAGAGAAAGCAAAGAAGAAGAGGAAGAGAAAGCCGAGGUAUCCAAAAGGGUUUGACCCUGCAAACCCGGGUCCUCCGCCAGAUCCAGAACGGUGGUUACCUAAGCGGGAGAGGUCUAGUUACAGGCCAAAACGAAAGGAUAAGAGAGCAGCUCAGAUUAGAGGUUCUCAAGGCGCAGUAGCUAAAGAGGCUGUCAAUGUUGUGAAUUCAAAAUCGAACCAAACAUCUAGCUCCAAAGGAGCAUCACAGAAUUCUGUUGCAGAGCAAUCUAAGCCUUCUUCGUCUAAGUCAUCAAGGAAGAAGUCCCGAAAUUAGCUGUCAUGUGCCCAAAUCGAUGUGACCUAUUCAGCAUCCAAGAUGAUCGACAGCUGAGGCUCUGAAUUGUUUGUUAAGUGCACCAAGAGAUAGUCCCAUUGACAUUUUUGGUCUGUAGUUUGUAGUUUUUCCUUCCAAGACUUUUAGGGUAAUCUGAGUGUUUUUUAUUGUUAAGCAUGGUGAUGAGCUUUGAAUCAACUAACCCUGCCCCUUGUCAAGAAAUUAAGGCAUCAAUUCAUUGAGUCUUUCUUUUUGAUCAAUUUUUUUUGUUAUUUUCCGGGGAAUUAGUUUUGAGCCAAGUGGUGUGAGGGCGAAGAAAAGAUCAUCUAGUACAUCCCAUUUUGCAUCCCCUCUAGCAGCGUUUUAUAUGUAUUGAGAUGGG